UGUUUUUUACAGUAGUAGAGUGCACUGUGCAGCUACAAAACCGAAAAGCAAACAAUUCUCUGUUUGCCCUUCGCCUGAAGUUUGGUAUUUUGCGAUUGAGAUGACGUACCAACUCUACAGAAAUACAACUUUGGGUCACACGCUUCAGGAAAGCUUGGACGAACUUUUACGUUAUGAUCAAAUUACACCCCAGCUUGCGUGCAAAGUCCUUCUGCAAUUCGACAAAUCCAUAAAUGCGACCCUGGCGACAAAGGUAAAGUCCAGGCUCACAUUCAAAGCUGGUAAAUUGAACACUUACAGAUUCUGUGACAAUGUUUGGACCUUUAUGCUCAACGAUGUUGAAUUUAGAGAAGUACAAGAAAUUACCAAAAUUGACAAAGUGAAAAUUGUUGCUUGUGAUGGAAAAAAUGUAGGUGAAGAAGGCUCUUCAAAGAAAUAAUUACCUUACUGUUUUUGUUUUCUUAUAUGUUUAUAAUUAUAAUAAUGGGCUGUACCCUGUAUAUAAAUAGGUUUUUUUAAUAUAAAUAAAGCAUUAAAUAAUAGAACUUGGAUAUAUUAUUUACUAAAAAUAUUACAAAAACAACUUAAGAUGAUUCGGCCCCAUUGGUCCAGUUCCUGGGCCUCUCGGCAGUCAAACUUAAAUCCAUUAGACAAGAAGUAGCGCCUCCUCUACGUGACUACAAUAAGGUAAACGUCAAUUCAAUUAACUUGAAUAAAUUAUAGAGUACAUACACGUGGUGGGUUGGAGGGUGAAAUCUCAUAGCCUCUUUGAGCGCAUUCCUUUCUGAUCACUCCCAAAAUUCCAAAUAACAUGCCUGUAUUAAAACCCCACAUUCUAUUGCGUUUCACCAGCCCCACACAACUGCCUGCAACAAAACCACCUACAAACCAGUUUAGUUUGUCAUCUUUCUUUCUUAAACUAGUCAUGCCAUUGGUGACAAGAACAAAUGUACUGGCUAUGCCCACAAUUGGGGCAGCGACUGCAGUAAAUCUCAAAGCACUAUUUAAAUAACCUUUGGGGUAGCUAUAAAGCAACUAAAAAAUAACAUUUAAUGAUAUUUGGUGUUUAUAUUUCCCUAAAUUAAUAUACAUACAACAUCCCCUAUUCCAAUUAGUGUAGCUGUAGGGAGAGUGGGUCUUACAACACACCAUAGUUUUUUCAUAACGUCCUCACCGUCAGGAGUGUCGAAAUAAUAAUAACGGUUGGGGUCUCUUUUUGGUUGUUUUUGGGACAUCUUUGGUAGUUUUUUGGGGCCCAAAUUAUGUAAGUAUAACUUUAGUGAGUUUAUUUAUUUGUUUGACAUUG